GCUGCGCUCAGUCCUCUCAACGCCGAGCACUCGAGCAGCCGUCGGAAUGUGGGCGUGGCGGCUGCCAAUCGCUUCCCCCCGCCCCUUCCCCGCCGUGCUGCACGCCUGUAAACAAAGCCACGUGACCCUGGGCCGAGUUUUGCGCACUUGUCUCCGCAGACUUUGGACACGCAGGUCCGCGGAAAGCGAGCGCGGGCGUGCUGUGUGUGCGCGUAUCGCGACGCCACGCAUUCGCCGGACGUGCAAAGCAACUCUCGCGCGCUGGAAUGAAGCAGCUGACGCCCGAGAAGAGCUGAUCGCCCGCAGGAGGCUGCCACGCGUGCCAGUGCUUUUCGCGGGACUACUGGAGGCAAUGGGCAGCACUGCCAUGGACACGAAGAAGAAAAAGGACGCGGCGAAGAAGAGCUCGAAGCCGAAGCGCCGGACGCUGCGCUUGAACAUGCCCGACCUCAGCUCAUUCGCAAUGCCGUUCCUGGAUGGGGAUCUCGAGAGCUCGGACAAAGAUGGUGCCAGGAAGGAAGAAAGCAGCAGUCUCUCAGCAAGCCCAACCAGAAGCUUCUUCUUUCGAAGUCACUCAAGCCGGCCCUCCAGCCCCUUGUCUGCCCCUGUACGUGCCAAACACAGCCCGGGCUCCCCCAAAACGCUGUUUCCAUAUUCCUAUCAAGAGUCGCCACCCAAGUCUCCUCGCCGCAUGAGCUUCACUGGCCUCUUCCGUUCUUCUUCCAGGGAUUCCUCGUUUGGCUUCACCCCUUCAACGUCACCUGUCAGCAUGAAGCUGUUCUCCCGCUCCAAGAAAGCUUUGGGGGUCUCCUCUCCAUCUUCGACUCCGACUCAAGUGACCAAACAGCUCUCCUUUCCUCUUGAGGCAUACAAGAAUGAACCAGAGCGUCUGGAGUCCCGCUUACGCUCCAACUCCUCUCCUGCAGACACUGGCCAGCACUUUUCCAUCCCUGCUGUUCGGGCGGGGAUGUCUGCCAAGCUGCCCACGCCCCUGCAUAUUCCAGUGGCACCCUCCAGGACCGUACUCGGCUUCGCGGAAGGCAUGCUGGAGAAACUGGAGCUGGAGGAUGAAGUGGCCGAGGAAUCGGAGAGUGACAUUUAUAUGCGCUUCAUGAAGUCCCACAAGUGUUAUGACAUUGUUCCUACGAGCUCCAAGCUUGUGGUCUUUGACACUACGCUUCAGGUUAAGAAGGCUUUCUUUGCCUUGGUGGCCAAUGGUGUGCGGGCUGCUCCACUCUGGGAAACAAAAAAGCAGAGCUUUGUAGGAAUGCUAACAAUAACGGACUUCAUCAACAUACUGCAUCGAUACUACAAGUCACCAAUGGUACAAAUUUAUGAACUUGAAGAGCACAAGAUUGAAACGUGGAGGGAACUGUACUUGCAGGAAACAUUUAAGCCUUUGGUAAACAUAUCGCCUGAUGCGAGUCUGUUUGAUGCUGUGUAUUCACUCAUCAAAAACAAAAUUCACCGACUCCCCGUCAUCGACCCGAUCAGUGGGAAUGCACUUUAUAUCCUCACCCACAAGAGAAUUCUCAAGUUUCUGCAGCUCUUUUUGUCUGAGAUGCCAAAACCUGCCUUCAUGAAGCAAACAUUAGAAGAGCUGGGCAUUGGAACAUACAGCAAUAUCGCCUUUAUUCAUCCAGACACUCCGAUCAUUAAAGCACUGAGUUUAUUUGUGGAGCGGAGAGUGUCUGCACUGCCCGUGGUCAAUGAAUUGGGAAAAGUUGUAGAUAUUUAUUCCAAAUUUGAUGUAAUUAACCUUGCUGCUGAGAAGACGUAUAACAAUUUGGACAUCACAGUGACGCAGGCACUACGACAUCGCUCCCAGUAUUUUGAAGGUGUGAUGAAAUGCAAUCGGUUAGAGACACUGGAGACCAUUGUUGACCGUAUAGUCAAAGCUGAGGUCCAUCGCUUGGUUGUGGAUGAUGAGAAUGCGAGUAUCGUUGGCAUUGUGUCUCUCUCUGACAUUCUGCAGGCUCUGGUGCUCACGCCGGCAGGUAUAGAUGCUCAACAUUCCUAAGUGUCUGGAAACUGACCUCUCACCCCUUCCCUCAAGUCCUCAGGUGCCAAACGAAAGGAAAGUGAGACCGAAUGAAGGUGGCAGCAUGUGGAAGAGACGGGCGAGCAACGUUGUCUGGGCUGGACUCUGAACAAAAGACUUUUGAGGCUGGGCUUGUGGUGGCGGCGGCCAACUUGCCGAGUUUGAAGAUUUUUUUUAAUUUUUAUUUUUAGCAAGGAAUGCUGGGCGAGCAGUGGAAUCGUUUAGCAGUGGACCCGGUCUGUUGUGGGGGGGGGGGCGGCGGUUGGCGUUUUAUUUUGAAGUACAAGCUGGUAGCCAAUCAUCUUUGUGUUUUUAUUGUCUGCCGUUGCAUCACUUUGCAGGUUUUUUUUCCUUCAAUAAUGGACUUUCACCUUGUGUUUUUAUAUAAAUAUAUAUGAUAUAUCUAUAUUAUAUAUAUUUAAAAAAAAAAAAAAAGAAUAUAUUAAAGUGCUUCAGAUACGUCUGGAUGUGAGAGCCAGUGCUCACCUUUCCAUUAAGCAGAUAAGCCUCUUAAUUUGACAAGUCGGUCCUCUUCUGCGUUUGCCUUUGUUGUGCCCCCUGCUUCAGGCCUCUGGCGCCCAGGGUGGCGAGCUUGUUGCGUUAGUGCGUCAUGAGUGCCUUAACACGUGGCCAUUUCUAGCUGCUAGCAAAGUGAAUGUUGAUGUACAGUAAAUGUAAGUCCGUGAACGGUUUUUAAUUGUUUUGUAUGAAAGGUGAUUUUUCUACUAUGGGCACCGACACCCCUACCCCCUAAACCUGCCCCCCGUUUACUCGCGUGAAGCAAGCCAUGGAAAGCAGGAUGAUGCUGCCGAGUCGAGCAGCCACGCGCAGACUGACCCGAUGAUUUCUAGGGAUCUCGAUGUGGAGCUGCUGCUGUUCACACGCUUGUCAGGACAUUUUGACGCAUGACAAUGACACUAGAAUCUCAGUGCUUGUAGUUGAUGCAUUUUCUGUCGUUGUAAUCAAAAGCAAAGCUACUGAGUUGCUUUUGGAAGCUUAGGUGGUGUGUUUCCGUGUAGUGUUUCCGUUUUUUCUUUUUCAGGUAAAUCAUUUUGUUCCUUUUGUGGAAAGGCCAGUGGAGCGUCUCCUAAUGUUUUUAUACAAUCUUGCCAAUAAAGAAUUGAUGGAAA